AUGCCCAAUUGUAGCGAGAAUUAUGAAAGUGAAAUAUCAGAUGGAAAAAAUAUUAGGAGUAUCACUUGUAAAUUCUGUAAUUCAGUUAUUCUCACACCAACAUCAGCAUCUUUCACAUCUUUUGAGUUCCAAUUACCUCUUAUGAGACAGUCUAAAACUAAUGAGCAAAAUCCAGAAUCAGAAGCAGUAUCUCUCUUCUGGUCAGUUGGUGACAUGUUCACUUUCCAAAAUGUUGGAUUUUCUAACACAGUGGGCAACAACAAAUACCUGACUUGUGCAGACUGUGAAGCUGGUCCUAUAGGAUAUCAUGACAUACCUAGCAAAAUCAGUUAUGUUGCUCUAACUAGAGUUCUUCAUUGUUGA